GCGCUUCACUUAUGCUGCUAUGUGUAUAGAGAGAGAGGGAGGGAGAGAGAGCUCUUGUUCCUUGGGCUUAACAUAGGUACAACCCUAGCUUGACUGCAAUUCCAGGAGAGGAGCAGGAGACGAGACGAGAGGAGAGGAGCAGGAGAUAUGGCUGGCAGCAUGGCUCCGCUGGGAGUGAAGAAGGAGAGGGCGGCGCAGUACAAGGGCCACAUGACGUUCGCCGUCGCCAUGGCCUGCAUCGUCGCCGCCGUCGGGGGUUCCAUCUUCGGCUACGACAUCGGGAUCUCCGGAGUGAACACCAUGGACCCGUUCCUCGAGAGGUUCUUCCCGGCAGUGUUCCGGCGGAAGAACUUGGUGACUCUUAACAACUACUGUAAGUACGAUAACCAAGCCCUCUCCGCCUUCACCUCCAUCCUCUACCUCUCCGGCCAAGUCUCUACACUUGCGGCCGCUCCCGUGACAAGGAACUACGGGCGCCGCGCCAGCAUUAUCUGCGGGGGCAUCAGCUUCCUCAUCGGCGCAGCCCUCAACGCUGCCGCUGCGAACCUCACGACGUUGAUCCUCGGCCGCGUCAUGCUUGGCGUCGGCAUCGGUUUCGGCAAUCAGGCUGUGCCGCUGUACUUGUCGGAGAUGGCACCGGCGCACCUCCGCGGCGGGCUGAACAUGAUGUUCCAGCUCGCGACGACGCUUGGCAUCUUCUCGGCGAACAUGAUCAACUACGGAACGCAGAAAAUCAAGCCGUGGGGGUGGCGCCUCUCGCUCGGCCUCGUGGCGGCGCCAGCGUUGCUGAUGACUGUAGGCGGGCUGCUCCUGCCGGAGACACCGAACAGCCUCAUCGAGCGCGGGCACGUCGAGGAGGGCCGGCGCGUGCUGGAGCUGAUCCGCGGCACCACGGACGUCGACGCCGAGUUCACAGACAUGACGGAGGCGAGUGAACUGGCAAACACAAUCAAGCACCCGUUCCGGAACAUCCUGGAGCGGCGCAACCGUCCGCAGCUGGUGAUGGCCGUGUGCAUGCCGGCGUUUCAGAUCCUGACGGGCAUCAACUCCAUCCUGUUCUACGCGCCGGUGCUGUUCCAAAGCAUGGGUUUUGGGGCCAGCUGGUCCCUCUACUCGUCUAUGCUCACCGGCGCCGUGCUUUUGUUCUCGACCCUCAUUUCCAUCGCCACCGUCGACCGCCUCGGCAGGAGGAAGCUCCUCAUCAGCGGCGGCAUCCAGAUGAUCGUUUGCCAGCUGAUCGUGGCGGCGAUACUGGGGGUAAAGUUCGGCUCAGACAAGCAUCUAUCGCGGGGCUGCUCGGUCGCGGUGGUGUUCGUGAUCUGCCUCUUCAUGCUGGCGUUUGGGUGGUCGUGGGGUCCGCUAGGGUGGACGGUGCCGAGCGAGAUCUUUCCGCUGGAGACGCGGUCGGCGGGGCAGAGCAUCACGGUGGCCGUCAACCUCUUCUUCACCUUCGUCAUCGCACAGGCGUUCCUGUCGCUGCUCUGCGUCUUCAAGUACGCCAUCUUCAUCUUCUUCGCCGGCUGGAUUGCCAUCAUGACCGCCUUCGUCUAUGUCUUCCUGCCGGAGACCAAGGGGGUGCCCAUCGAGGAGAUGGUGCUGCUGUGGAGCAAGCAUAGGUUCUGGAAGAACAUCAUGCCGGCAAUGCCGACGAUGCCGCUCGAGGACGGCUGGGGACCCGGUGACGACCGUGGGGAUAGCGCUGUUGCGGCUGAUUGCAGCAUCCACAAAUCACAAGUGAAGAUCAUUGUCGAUGAACAAUGAAUGUGUUGAUCGAAGCAGAUACACGCGUCGUACGCUUGGAUAGCAUGCGAUCGAGAUGCGUGGUUAAUAGUUUGUUAUUUUCCUAGUGUGCUAAGAGCAUCUACAUCAGACACGCGCUAGCGCGGCAUGUUUAAAAAAAUAUACAACUCUGAAAUA